UCGCUGCUGUGGAGAGACACGCUUCUGCCUCUGCCGCUCCUGCCCAGGGCAUUGGGUAGGGCUUGGCGCCCGGCCAAGGAGAGCACUUUUAAAGAAGAGCCCUCGCCAUCAUCUCCUUCACACACCACACAGGACUUUCCCAGUCAGGAGAGCAGCCGCAGCAGCGCGGGAGCCCCCAUGGAGAAAAAUAAGAAGGAAAGAAAAUAUGGGCCAAGUUGCUUUGGUUAUCCACUCAGCAUCUUCUUCAUUGUCAUCAAUGAGUUCUGUGAAAGAUUCUCCUACUAUGGAAUGCGAGCUGUGCUUGUUCUGUACUUCAAAUUUUUUCUCCACUGGGAUGAUAACCUAUCUACAGCCAUCUACCACACAUUUGUUGCUCUGUGUUAUUUGACUCCAAUCCUGGGAGCAAUCAUUGCUGACUCCUGGCUGGGAAAGUUCAAGACCAUUAUCUCCCUGUCCAUUGUUUAUACCAUUGGACAGGCGAUCAUGGCAGUAAGUUCCAUAAAUGACUUGACAGACUAUAACAGGGAUGGAAUUCCCGAUAACAUUCCAUUGCACAUUGGUCUGUCUAUGAUUGGCCUGAUCUUAAUUGCUUUUGGUACUGGUGGAAUCAAGCCCUGUGUAGCAGCAUUUGGUGGAGAUCAGUUUGAAGAGGAACAGGAAAAACAAAGAAAUAGAUUCUUCUCUCUAUUUUAUUUGUCUGUUAAUGCCGGAAGUCUCCUCUCUACUAUAAUCACUCCAAUUCUCAGAGGCGAAGAAUGUGGAAUUCACACCAAGCAACAGUGUUACCCACUGGCCUUUGGAGUGCCUGCUGCACUCAUGGCCGUUUCACUGAUGGUGUUCAUACUUGGAAGCAAAAUGUACAAGAAAGCUCAUCCUCAAGGCAAUAUAAUGCUCCAGGUUUCCAAAUGCAUUGGAUUUGCUGUUAAAAACAGAUUUCAGCAUCGCAGAAAACAGUUCCCCAAAAGAGAACACUGGCUGGACUGGGCUAGUGAAAAGUAUGAUAAACGACUUAUUACACAAACUAAGAUGGUCUUGAGGGUACUUUUCCUGUAUAUUCCUCUCCCCAUGUUCUGGGCACUUUUUGAUCAGCAGGGAUCAAGAUGGACAUUACAAGCCACAACAAUGGAUGGAAACUUUGGAGCUAUUCAGAUCCAGCCAGACCAGAUGCAGACCGUGAACCCGAUUCUGAUUGUUGUUAUGGUCCCAAUUGUAGACGCUGUGGUUUAUCCUUUAAUUAAAAAAUGCCACUUCAAUUUCACGCCCCUGAGGAAGAUUACAGUUGGUAUGUUUCUUGCAUCUCUGGCUUUUGUUGCUGCUGCACUGGUACAAGUGCAAAUCGAUAAAACUCUUCCAAACUUCCCGAAAGAAGGGCAAUCCCAAAUCAAAGUAAUAAAUUUAGGCACUGAUGUUGCAAAAGUUGACAUUGGCCCUGGAGUUGAAAAUAUGUCUGUGGAAUCUCUGAUGGCGACAAACUAUCUGACAUUUGACACUACUAGCUUAACAGGAAUGAAUAUAGCCUAUGGAAAUCAAACCUUAAAUCAGUCUCUUAAUUUUCUGGGAAAAGAACGUCAUACACUUAUACUAAAAAAUACAGGUGGCAUCCAAACUGAAUUGCUGCUUGAUGGCCUUACAUCAAAGUCAGAAGAUGGAAAAAAUCAAAUCAGAUUUAUAAACAAUUUGGCUUCAACCAUCAACAUCACAAUGGGUAGUACUUAUCUUGCAGAUGUGAAGAGUUUUUCUGCCACCAAUUAUACAUCCUUUACAAGAGGCAUAAAAGAGAUUGUUGUUUUUGGAGACAAUUCACUGACUUGCAAAAAUCAGUCAAUACCAUUUGGAUAUGGCAGUGCAUACACUAUUGUAAUUCAAGAGUGCAACAACAACAGACUAGAACUCAGAUACGUUGAAGAUAUCCAACCCAAUACAGUUCACAUGGCUUGGCAGAUCCCUCAGUACUUCAUUAUUACAUGUGGUGAAGUGGUCUUCUCUGUCACUGGACUGGCAUUUUCCUAUUCUCAGGCACCUUCCAACAUGAAAUCGGUGCUUCAGGCAGGCUGGCUGCUGACUGUGGCUGUUGGUAACAUCAUUGUUCUUAUUGUGGCUGGGGCAUCAAAACUCAGUGAGCAGUGGGCAGAAUAUGUGCUGUUUGCUGCUUUACUGAUGGCAGUUUGCAUUAUAUUUUCCAUCAUGGCUUAUUUUUACACCUAUGUGGAUCCAGUUGAGAUUGAAGCCCAACUUGAUGAGGAUGAAAAGAAGAAAAUGGAAAAUGAGAAAAGCAUUUGUGAAAAUGGAACUGGGCCUAUCUCUCAGAGUGAGAUGUAAAGAUGAACUCAGAGUUUAAUGAUGUAAAUUUAUGGCAUCCCAUUAACUACAUCCACAGUAAGAGGAACUGGAGUAUCCUUAACAACCAUUGGAUGGGCUCUCUCAUAGGAAGGGGGGAAAGAGCAUUGCUCAUUUAAAAUGCAGACCCUCCUGAGGAGCAAGAUCAAGAGCUUAGUCUUUUGUACAGAACAUGAUACUCUAAGAAAACUCGGGAAACUUGCUCCCAGCAGAAUUUGCACUUUAAAAAUGGACCUGAAGCUUAAAUCCCAAAGCAUUAAAAUACUGAAAUUGCACUUGACAGUGUUGAAGAGUUCCUGUGAUGAAAAGAUGUAUUAUUUUUAUAUUGUAUUGUAAUUUUAUAUUGUGAAAAGGAAAAUAUUGCCAGAAAAUAUUAAUUAAAGCCAAGCCGUUUGCACAGCCCCAGCAGCCCACUAUUAUUCAGGAGCAACUGGUCAGUGGAGUUUUGAAAAUCCUUUUUUAAACUGCCUUACAAAUAAUGAAUGCAAAAAUGCAUGGAUUAAUUAUAGAAAGCUGUACAUACUGUAUAUGUUACCAGUUAGUAUUGCACUACAGACCCCUCCAACCCACCUGUGCACUCUAUCUACCCAUUUAACUACUGGUAACUUUAACCAAAUAUUUUAGACUCAGAUGGCCACCAAGAUGAAGACAAAGGAGAAUGGAACUCUGGAUGAGCAGUAGCAUCUAAAAUAAAACUCACAUAAUAACAAAAUAAUGUAGUUUGAGGUGUUUCUUUGAGCGGGAAAAGGAGUUGAAUAUAGUGUUUCAUGCUAAGGAAGAACUUUAGACCCCUACCUUACUUGGAGUGGAUUUGUCAAGAUGUUACGACAGGCUCCUCUGCCAGCCUCUCUUUUGCCCACUAAGUUUACAAACAGAAGCAAAUAGUUCCCAUUGAGGACAACAUCUUCUGCCCAAAGUGUUGUCCUUAACAAAUAUAGCACUUAUUUGCAAACUGUUAACUCUUUUCUUUUAACUUUAAAGUAAUAGUUAGAAAAAGUAUGUACACAUAAGUAUACACAGGUACAUCAUAUGCUACUCUAAUAGGCAUGGAGUUAAGUAUAUGGGAAGCAUUCAAAUAGGAUAAGAGGGAUAAAUCUUCAGUGAACAUGUGAAGAAUUGGCAUUUUUUGCAAUUUUAGGUUGGCCAAAAGACUAAUGAGUGGGCUUCUUGGUUAUUUGGGUCUGAGGCAAAUGAUUUAUUUUUAACUUGCUUUGAAAAGAGAAUAUAAUAUUGCAAUGCCAAUUGGCAAAAGUUGUCAUGCUCAUGGUGGGAGUGGGGACAGGAAGAGUGUUACAGUAUAGCAGAAUGUUCAAGAAGGUAACAGAAACUUGCUUCAUUAUCUGAUCUCAAAGAUCUACGCAAAUCCCAUCUAAAACAUAGAAAAAUUGCAGCAUAUUUUUCGUUUUCAUAAAAUACAUUUAAUUCAGUGAGAAUCACGUAUAUUUUAACCCUAUUCUUCUGUGAAAACAUUAAGUAUCCAAGUUCACUUCCUUAUUUAAAUUAGAGAUGAGUUGACUUAUAUAACAGUAUUAGCAGAAAAUUUUCAAAUAGCUUGUUACGCACACAACUAUGACAAACAAUCCAGUUAGACUUUACAUCAGCCACAAAGCAUGUACUACACUACAGUAACUUCAUUUGAAGUAUGAGUAUCUCACACAAAUGUUUUCACUG